GUACAAAAAAAAAUAUGAAAUCAUUGAUUUAAUUAUCUAUGUAUCUUGAUAUUUUGAACUCGUCAUCGUCGUAUCAUAUGUGUAAGAUACCAACAAGCAUAUAUGAUAUUUCAUACGUCUUGACAUAUUUUUAUUAAGCAUUUUCAGAAAUAUACAAUUAUACACGCGUAAGUAACAGUACUGUAUAACAGAGUAAUCUAAGUUUCUAUACCCAUAAACGUUGUGUUGAACGUUUGCGAGGUGUGAGUUUAUUUUGGUCAGGCCAGGCUCUUGUACUGUGAGACGAAUUUGCUGCAUUUCCUUAUCUGAUUUUCAUCGCUUCUAGAGCAUUAUUACGUACUAUUUACAAAAUGUCAAGAAUCAAGAGAAGUGCCAUCUGUCUGAGGGAGAAAUAGGAACGACUCUGUGCCAUAGGAGGAACCGAAGCGUCUCGCGUGUUGGCGUCCCACCUCGGUGGUCGCAAGUUCGAUUCUAGGGCAUUCCAUUGAGGAGUGAGAGAUGUGUAUUUCUGGUGAUAGAAGUGCACUCUCGACGUGGUUCGGAAGUCACGUAAAGCCGUUGGUCCCGUUGCUGAAUAACCACUGGUUCCAUGCAACGUAAGAACACCAUACAAACAAACAAACAAACAAAGCGUCUCACCUGGGAUAUCGACAAUGGCUGAUUUAGAUGCACUGCAAGGUAUGGAUAUCAGCUUUGUGUAGCUUCCUGCUGAGCCUCGGUCCCCAGCACUAUGCCAGCGCGUUCCAGCCUUGGGACUCGAAGCCAUCGUGGCUCUCCCUCUACACAGCGCCUCAGCGCCUGAGGCACCCCGACGUCGUCGGCGGGAGCCUCGAGGACGCGAUCGAAGACGCGUCCGAGGACGCCAUGAGGAUCGCGAGCGAGGAGGUCGCGGAUUCGCGGGAGGAUUACCUGCCCUGGGAAGAGGAAGAAGCCAACGAAGAAGGGAGAGACGAGGACCCCAGCAAAGGCGCCCGGACGUUACCGGAGACCGGCGGGUCCUCGCGCGCCAAAAGGGUGUUCCUGAGCCGAGGCUGGAUGGCUGGAGGAUACAAGGCUCCCGAGCCUUCGCCCAACCGCUUCGUCAGACGCCCACCAGCCCUGGCCGCCCCUGUGCCGCCGAGCUUCCCCCAGCCAAAGCCCGGUGACGGACCAGGUAGCGAGGCUCAUUACGCAGCCCUCGUCUCCGACCAGCCCCAGCAGAGUCCUCCUUACCGAAGAUUCCACUCGAUCUUCACCUCCGGGAUGUGGACGCCCCUGGGCAAGAGGAGUCAAGGAGGGGAUCCUUUCCGACGUCCCUUCUUCUUCUACAUUUAGGGAGACUGGACGAGGUUUUCAGAAAUGUCGACGCACGAUGCAAAAUGAGAUUAACAAGAGAUUUUCAGUGCGGCUUCCAACGUGGCCAAAGAGUUUCUGAAGGCAAUUGUAUGGUUCUCAGGAUGACUUUCCACGACGUCAACACUAAAAGAUAAUGGAAAAUGUUCUAUUACUAACUCAUUCCAUAGAUUCAAAGUAAUGCAGAUAAAGUCUGAGCUCGAUGACACGCACUAUUCUCACGUCAUACAGAAUGACGUAAUAAACUGCUUUUCCUCAUUCCAUGAAUAGCCUAUCUAUUUAUCUAUCGUCUUUGAACGAUACAAAGUAGUAAUAUAUCUCGGUUCUCUCUUACACGCUCUAUCUAUUUAUAAAGAGAUAUUCUAUUCACAAGGGCAAAACAAAUGGUUAUUUUCGCCUGAAGUAUUUAUUUUCAAAGAAAUUUUAAGAAAGGUCUAGAUAUUUCUCGCCUUCUUUCUGGUAAGCUAUUCGGCGGGACUUGGCGAUGCAAAACGUACAUCUAACUAAAAAUUAAAUUGAAAGUUUAGUGGAAGUCUUAAUGUUUUUUCUUUUUCACCCUUAAUCAAAAUUCAGUACAAAUUAGAGCGACCGCCUUGGGAGUGGGAGAGAGGUGCCAAAAAAAAAAAAAAAAAAAAAACUGCCUUCAGUAGAAAGAAAGCUUCGUAAAUUAAUUUCCUUUCAGCUAUAUCACGCAGCUCUCUGUUUUGAGGAAGAAGAACAUUCUUAAAGAAGUUAGAGCAAAUAAAAUAAAACUAUAACGUCAGAAUGUUUAAGGCAAAAAGUAAAAAAAAAAAAUGCUAAACUAAAUGAAUGACUUUAUAUCCAUCCAUUUUCCGAAGAAAUGCCACAGGUUUUUUUUCUAUCUGCUUUGAGAAGUAACUCAGAUAUAUCUAUCCUCAGAAUGCCUCAGAGGAUUUGUAAUGACCUACUAAAGAUUGAUAAUAAAUAUUAUUCAGAGAAUACGCAAGUUGGUUUUGU